AUGGGAGAGUUUGAUUUCGAAUCAAGGGCUGCCGACAUUCACCAGGCUCUAGAUUGGGGCCAUUGCCAAGCGGAUGACAUCGACAUCCUCAACAGGGUCCUUUCAUUAAUUGAUGAUGCGCCGCAGUGCAACACAACCCUGGUACACUUGGCGGCCCUCGGGGAACUAGAGAUGAUGGAGGCAUUGGAGGAAGAGCCGUGGGCAAUUGAUCAGCCAGAUCGUUACGGAAUGGCCCCCAUACACUACGCCAGUAUGGAUGGUGACUUGGAAAUCCUGAAAAUGCUGAUUUGGGCAGAAGCCGAUGUCAACAUAUGCGAUCUUGACGGUUUGACACCUCUCAUGUUUGCAGCAUUGAACGGUCAUAUCGACUGUAUCCGUCUCUUAGUAGACAGCGAGUGCAACAUUGAACAAAGGUCACAUACCGAGUUUCGAGCCAUACACUAUGCGGCUCAAUUUUGCCAGCCGAGAUCAGUUCUUGCGUUGGUUGCAGCAGGUGCUUCAGCCUCAGCUCGUGGCUGGCUUGGACAAACACCUCUACACCGACUAGCCCGAUGCGAAAUGGACACCAGUUUCGAAGCCAUCAAAGAAACAAUAUCGUCUCUCCUGGUGAGCAGAGGGGUGAGCAUUGACUCUCGGGAUUCAAAUGGAGACACGCCCGUUUUCCGUGCAGUCGCCAAAGGCAACCUUCCAGUUUUACGAUGUCUAGUUGAGGCUGGGGCUUCUCUGCUUCCGGUGAAUGAAAGCUCCAGAAACAUACUCCACAUGGUCGCUAUGUUUCCAGAUGUUGAGAUUUUGCGAUACCUGUCAAGCCUUGAUCCUACGGUUUUCUUGGGCAUCAACACCGAGCAUCGCGCUGCUGAUGGCCUCACCCCGAUGAACCACGUCCCCAUCCACGACCCUGGUCCAAUACAAAACCCCCAGGAGAUGGCUGCUAGUUGGUCUCUAAAACAAGAUACUCAGAAACUAUAUUGCCUCAUUCGAUAUGCAAACCUAAAGCAUCGAAGUGAACAGCUGCGCACAAUCAUCAGGCUGGUGGACCAGAAACAAGCGCCGUGCGCCAGGUUGCAGCUCGCACAUGUGAUCAGUGAAAAAAAGGAAUGGGGACAACUUGAAUUGACUUCUUGGUACCGCGGAAUUGACCAGAUGAUACAGGCGCGAGAAUUCGAUAAGAUGAUAUACAACAGUUGA